AUGUUAAAUUAAUUAAGAAAAGCAAAAUUUAGCACCAUCACAUAAUAUUAAAUCAGGUAUGUUCAAGUUAUCAAAUAUUAGUUAGAGGUGUAUUUAAAUAGCAAUUGAAAGAAGGUGAAACCUAUAGUAACUUUAAAGUCGAUGAAUUCUACAGAUCAAGAGAUUUUUAGACAUUGUGUUAUAAAAUGCAUCACACAACAACUAAUACAAAUUAUAUUCAUUUUGCAACUAAUUCUAUUGUCAAUCAAGGAGCAUUGAUAUUUAAAACUCCAGCUAUCGAUAAUAGUGGAAUUCCACAUAUUGUAUAAUAAAUCUUAACAUGUGGUUCAUAAAGAUAUCCAGUCAGAGAUGCAUGGUCUCAUAUGAGAGGACGUUCUCUACAACCUCCUGAUUUAGUGCCAUAUGUUAGCACUGAUCAUACUGUAUUUUAGGUUUAAUCUGCUUUGUUUGAAGAUUUGAAACAACUUUUCAAUCUCACCUUUGAAUAAGUAUUCAGACCUAUGUUUAGGGAAGUGGAUUUCCUUUAAUAAAUUAGAGUUCAAGUCCUUGGAGGGAAUGAACUCAUUAUGAGAGGGAUUGUUUAUGAUUAAAUGAUUAAACAAUUAGAGUAACCAGAGUUUAUUCAUGCAGAAGCAGUUCGAAAACAUCUUUUAGAAGGAACCGCUUAUCAGUAUACAACAGGAGGUAUUCCAACAGAGAUGACAAAUGCAAGUUAUGAGAGAUGUUAACAAUAUUAUAAGGAUUACAUUCAUUUAUCUAAUGCUUAUCUUGUAACUGUAGGAGACAUAGAUGUUUUAUAAUAUUGUUAAUAUUUUAAUGAUCUAAUUGAAUAACAUUAAAAUACUAUUAAACCAAUUAAAUAAUUAGAUUAUCAACCUGUUAAAUUAUUUGAACCUAGAUUAUCAUUAAGAGGAUAGCCUUCAUUUUCAUUUGCUUAUAGAGGUGCUAAUUUAACUGAAACACCAGAAGAUUAUUUCAAAUUAGGAAUUCUAUCAUUUUUGUUGCAUGAUAUUUAAGAUUAUGGAUUGAGACCAAUACUUGAGAAAUAUGGUUAGUAUUGUCUCAAUUAUGGAGCAGAUAUGACUUUACAUAAUUAAAUUAUAUAAUUUGGAUUUAAUAAUAAAGAAUGUGAACAAGAAUUGUAUACAUUUAUUAAAUAAUUAAAUGAUAAUAUCUAUCAAGUAAUACCUUAAAACAUUAUAAAUAUUGCAUUAGACAGAAUUAGAUUAAGAAGAUCAAUUAAUGUAUCAGAUUUAAUUCCAUAUAUUACAAAUAAUGUCAAACCAUCAAUUUACUUAAAUUAAGAAUGUAAAAGUGAUGAUUUCUAAGUUUUAAUUGAAAAGUAUUUUACAAAAGAUAAAUGUACUGUAAAUAUGGAAGCUGAUCAAUAUUAUAUUGAAGAUAUGAAUACAGAAAUUAAAUAGCAUUUAAAAUAAUUAUAAGUUAAUUAUCAAAAAUUAUCAGAAUAAUAAAAAAUCAUAGAAGAAGACACAGAUGUUUUGAGUUUAGAAUCAUUACCUAAAUUAAAUGCUGCCAACAUAAUACCAUUAUUAAAAUAAAAAAAUUCAAUCAUUUUGGAUCUAAAUUGUAUUUAAUUCUUUCUAUUUAAUAGUUAAUGUUCCUUGUAGUAUAUUUGCAGCUAAACAUCCUCAAUAAAGUAAUAUCAAAUGGAUCAUUGAUGUAAGUUAAUUUAGUCAAAAGGAUUAUUAACAUAUAUGUAUUUUGAAAGACUUAUUACCUGAGUUUUUCAAUAAAUAAGUAAGUUAACAUGAUGUAGAAUGUUCUGUAAUUGAUGAUAAAUUAAUUAUAGAAUUGAUAUGUUUAGAUAAGAAUAUUGAAGAAGCUUUUCAAUAAUUUUAAUUAGUAACUGAUCCAGCUUUGGAUAAUUUAGAAUUGAUUAGUCAAUCCUUAUCUAUUAUAAGUGCUAAUUAUUUAAGCAAUGAAGAUAUCCCUCAGAUUGCUGUAUCAUAUUCUUAAUAAGAGAAAUACCCCAUCAUUUAAUAAGCUAGGAAAAUAUGUUAAUUAGAAGUUGAAAUCUUAAAAAAUUAUAGUGCAAAACAAAUAUUAUCAUAAUUGAGUUAAGAAUUGAUUGCAUGUUUCUAUAAAAUAAUGAAUAAGAAUAUCUAAUCUUUCGAAAUAUAUUCAAAUCCACUUUUAAAAGAUAAAAUGAAAUCUUAAUUAAAUUUACUUUUGACAAAUAUAAAAUUAUAAUUUGAUGGUAUUAAAUAUUAAAAAUAUAAUUUUUAGAUUAUUUAAUGAACAAAAUAGACUUUGAAUAAAAAUAUGAAGUAGUACCAUUUAAAUAAGAGUUUUAAUACUUAAAAUUAUAUGUUGCCUUAAAUUCUCACACUAAUUGUGUUACUGAAACAAUCCAAAUUGCUCAUAAGCCAGCUAAUUACAUUUUGUCAAAUCUCUUAACACAUAUAUUCAUUCCUUAAUAUUGUAAUGAUUCAUAAUUAGGGUACUGUCAAUAUAAUCCAGGAAAACUGACUUUUUAUACUGUUAAUGAUAUUCAUACUCUAAGAACAUACAGAAUAUUUGAAAAUGCUGUUCAUUUAUUAUUAGAAUGUUUAGAUUAGGAUAAUUUAAAUUCAGCAAAAUUAGGAACUUUUAGCAUUGAAGAUCCUGAGAGAAUGUAAUAGAUUUUAGCUGUUUCUGAAGAAGAAGUGAAAGAACAAGCUUAAUAUGUUUUAAAAUAAAUGGCUGAAGGUUAAACAUCAUAAGUGAUAUUUGGAAAACAAGUUUAAUAAUUAGAUGAAUAUGUUAAAAGAGGAUGGACUAUAGAAAGAUAUAUUAAUGAAGUUGCAGUUUGA